AUGCGGAGCGUGUUUGUUCGAUGGAGCGAGGUGCACCGACGUAUGAAAGGCUAAUAUUUAUUAUAUUUUUUGGAAUAACUCUGGAAUUUUCAGAUGCGCUGGUUUCGGAAAUUGGUCAAAUUCGAGCUCAGUCGUAUUUUUGGAUAAGGAUCGCACACGAAAAAUCGAUAGAUGAACCAGUUGGGUUUUAAUGUUCCUUUAUAUUUGUAUUCUCUAUCUGCUUUUUCAGCCCCCUCCUGUAAUUUUUAUUCUUCCCAUUCGUUUGCUUUAUUUUUUCUAUCAAGUUUUAUUAAACUUUUAUAAAUAAUAGAAAGCUUGAUUUUGUUGUGUUUUAUUCAAAAGUUUGAAAAACUUUCAAAAUAUCUUUAUUCUGAUUUUUGAAAAAGUACUGUAGAUUUGUCUUCGGAAGAUGCUUCUACAGUUUUUUUGCUUUGAAUACACAGAGAUUUAAUCGGGUUACUGUCAAAAUGCAUUAUAAUUAGUGAUAUUUUCGUUAAAUUAUUUUACGAUUUUUUUCAGCCUAAAACCGUAAAACGAAAAAAAACGUAAACGCAAAAAUUCUCAGGUCUGGUUUGGAUAUAAAAUGUUCAUGAAAAAUCAAUUAAAAAAGAUGGAAAACGGACAAAACACCGUUAAUUUCACAAAAAAUUCGAACAAAAGGCAAACAAUUAAUAUUUUAUUCAGCAAGUAUCAACAAUCAAUAAGAAAGCAAACAAUUGUACAAAAUUUCAGAUUCGAUAAAAAUAUAAACACAUUUUAUGCAAUAAUGAAUCGAAAUUCAUUAAAAGCUGUAUUUUCAGUCAAAUUUUCGGAAUUGAACUCGAAAUUUGUGUGAAAACACGCCUUUCAUUCAAAAUUCGAGAUUUUGAGAAGAUGUUUUAUUAUUUCCUUCAAAAAUGUUAGAUUUUCCAGAAUAUUUUCAGAAAAAUUCUAAAAUUCUGAAUAAAACUUUAGGAUUCUCGAAAUUUCGAGCUGAGACCAAAUUUUGAAAAAAUUAUGGUCAUAUUUACGCUCAAAAAUUCAAAUUAUCAAAAAACUCACCGCAAUUUAACUCCUUUAAAAAAAAACUAACGUUCCGAAUUUGCCAUUGAAUUGAUCAACAUUCCGGACACUCAAAAAUUGCCACAACUAGAAUUUGUCAGGAAGACGAGCAACCUGGAAAAUUGGGGAAAAUUGAGGAAAUUGGUGGGGAAACGGGGGGCCAGUAAUCGGAAAAUGAACCAAAAAUCGGCUUUUUUUUGAAAUAAAAUUCAUUAAAAAUUCAAAAUUUGGGCAUAGCUUCCGCAUCUCCGCUGAAAUUCCAAUUUGGAACUGAUAAAAUCAAUCGUUUUUCUAGAUUUUCUAAAAGAAAAUCGAGAAAAAUAUUUGUUUUAUCAGUUUCAAACUGGAUAUUUCAGAAGUUCUCAUGAUUAUUUUUAUUUCUUGGCAAAUCAAUAAAAAGCUUACCAUGAUUCCAAUUCUGCGUUCCAACGAUCUCAUCAAUGAUAUCGAGGAGUUCAACAAAAUAUCGAUUGAGCAAAAUUGAUUUAUUUAUUGAAGUGGCAAGAUUUGAUGAAUUUCCAUUUCAUGAUUUUUCGCCCUUGGAUGUUGUUGAAGAAGCCGUGGAAUCUCCUGAAAAAUAAAAAUUUAGAAAAAAACAAACACGUGUCAAAUUUUGGCGAAGAAUCUCGAAACACAAUUUUUUUCUUUUUUGUUGGAAAAAUUUCAUAAGAUCUGUAUUUUUGAAUUUGAUUACUAUAAUUUUAAUAUUUAGCACGCAAAAAAUUAGCGCCGAUAUCGGGUUACUGUAACUCCAAAUGGUUGCCAUUCAGAUUUUUGUGCUGAGAAAUUAAAAAAAAACAAGAAACAUCAUAGCGAAGCUGUAGGUCCAAUUUUUUAAAUUUUUAGGCAAUUAAAACGAGUUUGAAGAUCAAUCCCAAAAAAACAAGUUUUUGAAUAAAAAUUUAAAAAAUUGGGCAUAGCUUCCGCAUCUCCGCUGAAAUUCCAAUUUGAAACUGAUAAAAUCAAUGAUUUUUCAACAUUUUCACAAACUCGGGAAAUCGCAAGCGUGUUACGCCGCGUUUAGGGGCUUUUAGCGUUCACGCGGCGCUCAGAUAUCGCUUAUUUCGCGAGUUCUGUGCGCCGCGUGAAUGCCAAAAGCCCCUAAACGCGGCGUAACACGCUUGCGAUUUCCUGAGAAGAAAAUCAGGAAAAACAGAAGUUUUAUCAGUUUCAAAUUCCAAUUCCAGAUAUUCAAUUUAAUUUUUCAAAAACAAUAUUGCUGAAGAUUUCCCUCACCUUUCACAGAUUUGUGGAAACUGGUAUGGUAUAAUCAUUGACGUUCUCGUAAAUCAUCCAUAAUUUCCUAUUCAUCCAAUAUUAUUCUGGCAAUAGCAAAUUGAUCCAUGAACGUCGAUCAGCUUUAGAAAUGAUAACCAGAUUAUUUAUCGAUUCUCAAUUCUUCAGCUCUACAGUAUAUUCUUGUCCAGGUUUCGCUUUUCCAGAAGUGAAUGCAUUCCAUCCUCUUUCCAAUGUUCCUUCAAAUGUUUCCAGUUUAAAUAAUUGAGCAACAUUUUCACGGCAUAUUUAUUCGGCAAACCAUGACAUACAUCAAUUUUUCGAAUAAAGCAGUCGCGACCUGAAAAAAAAUCAAGAUUUUUGAGAGAAUGCAGUGAAUAAAAAAUUAGAAUUCGGAACGAAAAAAUAUCGAUAGCAAAAAAUUCGUGAAAAAAUGGUAGAUCAAAAUAAGUUUGUUGAUUUUUUCAGCCAAAAAUGAUGACAAAAAUAAUUUUAUGAAGCUUUUGGGGAAUAUUCAGAUAAAAAUAAACUUAAUAAACCUACUGUAGACAAUCUACAUUACUCUCAUUUAAUUUCCAGAUUUUUUACAAAAUGAUUUCUUCCAAAAGAAAAAAAACAAAAAUGUUGUUUUUGAUCAAAGAUCAAACAAACAAAUAAACACUGCAGGCUAUAUUAUAUCCAAAAAUGAUCAGGUCAAAUCAGAAAAAAUGAGCGAGAGAGUAUGGGAAAAUAAGAGAGUGUGCAGGGAAUGGGUGAAUUUGUGAUGGCGUCUUUGUUUUUUUUCUUGGGACAUGGUUUUUUGACUAUUUUUUGGAUUCGAAUGCAAUUUUUGGAAUUUUUUAAGCUUGGAAAAGGGAAUUUCAGAUAAUUUUUGCUGGAAUAUUAAUUUAAAGAUUUUUUCUCUUAAUUCUUGAUUUUUCAAAUAUCUGAAAAUAAUUUUUUACUAUGAAAUUUGUAGGAUUUUUCUGAUAAUUUUUAGUUCUGAAAUUGAUUGGUCUUUUAAAAAAUUAAUUUCAGGUUUUUUUUCUGAAAAAAAGGAAUUUCAGGUUUUUAAUUUAACUCAGAAGGAUUUACUGAAUUUUUGAGUGAAAAUUGGAUUUUUUCUAAUGUCUGAAAAACAUUGCUCAUAUUAGAAUUUUCAUAAUUUUGUUCUAACCUAACUUGAGCAAUGUCUGAAAAAACAUUGCUAAGAUUAGAAUUUUUAUAAUUAAUUUUUUCUGACCUAAAAACAUUGCUCAGAUUAGAAUUUUAUUAUCUUUUCUAACCUGAGCAAUGUCUGAGAACCCCUUUUUUAAAAACUUCUGGAAAUAUCCGAAAUCUGAACAAAAAACUUUUUUCUGUGAAAUUUUUGUUGUUUUUUUUUUUCUGAAAUUGAUAACUUUUGGCUUGAAAAAAGAAAUUUCAGAUUUUUUUCAGGGAAAACUAAUUCUUAAUUUUUUUUCCAAUCUCUGGAUAAUUUUCAAUUUUCUUCAUAAAACUUCUGAAAAUAUCUGAAUUUUUAAAUUUUUUUCGGAAUCUUUUGGAAAAUUAAUUAUCAAAGCUCAUUUUUUACAGUUUAUCUCGCUUGGUUAUUAUAAAGACGCUAUUGCGCAAAAAAUGAUGGCAAGUUUUUCUACAAAACUAGAAUUCAAAAACUAUAAUUUAAUAUUUUUGCAGAAUUUUAAUAUGAUUCAAAAUGGAGCCCCAGAUAACGCUGGGGCAGAAAACGCGGCCGAAGUUCAGCCAGACGCGGUGGAGCAUCAAAGUGGAGUUCUUGAAGAAGUGACUAUUUUGAUGGACACGGUCUUGUCGACGAUUAUUGAAGAAACUGAACCAGAGUCCUCGACCAACUCUGGUUCAGCAGCUGAACAAUCGAUCGACGAAACCAAUCCCGAGAUGCCACCGAUUAUGAUGGGAAUGCCAACAUUUUCGCCAGAAGAAUUUCAAACCUUCUUGGAUAGUAAUCCUAAUUUGAAGGAACGAUUGGCGAACAUCCCAAUUAUGACCGGUGAACAAAUCGCAGAAGAAUUUCAAAGAAUGAAUUGGGAGGAAGUGGUGACUGAGAGUUGGGUGGAUGAUAAUUCUGAUGUUAGUUUUUUUUUUGGUUUAAAAAAACUAGAAAAAAAAUUGAAUUUUUGAACUUAUCCGAACUAUUGAAAGCUAGAAAUUCCUUGAAAAUUUUUGAAUUUAAAAAAAUAUCUUACCGUAUUCAUGAUUAUCACAUUUUCGUUUCAGGAGUUGACCACUCAUCAGCCAAAUGAAUCCACACAAAUUCCGUUAAACUCGGCUGAAAAUGGAGGAGAAUUUGAUGAUGGUGAAAGUGCGCGAAAUUCGACCACAUUCGAGGAAUUCGAUAUUGAUUUUGAAUAUCCACAAGUCGCUCUUCAAUCAAAUAUUGAUCCAAUGUUAUCUUCGACAACACAUCAUGAGUAUUUUGCUGAAGAUGUCCUCGCUGUCGGAAUUGACAAUGAAGUCGACAUGGAUUUUGUUGUUACUGAAGAAGAUGUUGUAGAAGAUAUGGAAAUCGGGACAAAUGAAGAUUCUGAAAAUGAUCCGAAUAUUCAAAAUGGUAUUAUUGCACAAGAAGGGAGAACUGAAGAUUUGGCUGAUGUUAGUUUUUUUUAAUUCAAAAAUUGGGAAAAAAGGUUCAACAUUAAUUUCUGAAUUUAUCUGAAUUUCUAGCUCAAAAUUUUUAAAAUUGAUUUUAUUUCUGAAAUUUCUCGUAACUUUUUCCUCCCUCAAAAUUUAGGAUUUCUAAAAGCAAAAAAAUAAUUUACCAUAUCUAAAAUAAUCCAAUUUUUGCUUCAGGAAAUGACCGAAGAAUUUGGAGAUGAUGAGGAAAAUCGUCGAAUUUUGGAUGGUGUAGAACGACCAGCUCUUCAACAAAACGAUGAUAUUUUGAUAAAUGUGCCAAGAGAUGAUGUUAUUGUUGAACAACCAGAAAAUCUGACCAAUUUAUCGGGAAAUGAACAAGUUGUUGUUGUUGAAGGCGCUCCAUCUGAAAGACCGCAUAAUGUUAGUUUUUUUGGUUUGAAAAUUGGAAAAAAUCUGCUCAAGAAAUUGGAUUUUUUCUGGAAUUUUGAGAAGAAAGUUUUCGCAAAUUUUUUUCUUAGGAUUUUUGAAACAAAAAAAUGUCUUACAGUAUUCGAAAUUAUCCAAUUCUUCAUUUCAGAUACCAAAAACAAAUAAUCCCACUCGAGAAGACGCACUUGCAUUUUUGAAAAGAUUGUAUGCAAUGAUGCCGUGUGACCCAGCUGUAAUGAAUGACGAUGAGAUGUUGAUAAAUCGUGAAACUGUUGAUGUUGUUGUUGCAAAACCAGGAAAUUCAGAAAACCCGGCUGAAGAAAUUGGUGCUGAUGUUGUUGAAUAUGAUGUUGAUGAUUUGACACCAGAAAAAUCUGGAAAUGCAUUAGAUGUUAGUUUUGUUUAUUCAAAUUUCGGGAAAACGAUUGGGAAGUAAUUUUGAAUUUAUCUGAACAAUUACUGGCUCUAAAUUUUUGAAAUUGACUUUUUUUUCUGAAAUUUCUCGCCAUUUUUUCCACAAUAAUUAGGAUUUCUAAAAGCAAAAAAAUAUCUUACCAUAUCUAAAAUAAUCCAAUUUUGUUCCAGGAAUCGACCACUCAUCAACCAGUUCAAGAUUCGAAAAAAUCUCCGAAUUCUUCACCAAAAACAUCGUCAAUUGUUGAUAUUGAUGCGAAUAUUGUUCCAACCAAUGAAGAAGCUACCGAAAAUACACGAAAUGACAACGAAAUGAUGGAAGAAACUGUUGAUAUUGGAGAAUAUUCGGAAAUUUUUGAUGAAAAUGUUGAGGCAAAUGAAGAAGUUUUUGAAAUCGAACAAAAUGAGCAGAUGGAAGAUCGUGAAAAUGAUGAAGAUGCUUCAAGACCACGAACAUCUGAAAAUGUUAGUUUUUUUGGAUUAAAACUUGGAAAAAAUAAGUAAUUUUGGAAUUUAUUCGAAACAAUUAGAAAUUUUGACAAAAAAUAUGAUUUUUAGGAUUUUCGAAAACGAAAAAAUCUUACCAUAUUCAAAAUAAUCAAAUUUCUUGUUUCAGCGACCAUCUUCUCUUAACUCAAAUGAUCGAAUCCAUCAAGUUCGACAAUCUUCGUCUCAAAGUUUGCGCCCAACAAAUGAUAUUGAUGCUGAUAUGAAUAUUCGAGAACCAUCUGCAACCGACGAAGAUUUUGAUGGCCGUACCGAAUCCAAUGUAUCGGAUGAUGAAGAUGAUGAGAUCAAGUAUCGAGGAAUGAGCGCUGCUCAAAUUGGACUCAAAAAGUAUUUGAAAGACUGCCGUCGAAACAAGCUUUCACAUGAUCCAUUUUGGUUUCACGAUGAAGAAGAGAAGCGAAGAUAUGAGGAGAAGGUUAGUUCAGCAAUUUGACCUUGUGAAAUUCUGCACAUUUUUUUGAAAAAUAAAACACUCACCAAAUAAUUACUUUCAGCAAGAAAGGUCGAGAUCUGCAUAUGAUCGUGAUGCUGAUGAAUUUGACACGCGACCGCGAUCACCAGUUUCUCAAUCGACAGUUCGAGCAAGCCCACCAAGUUCUCCGAAAGCUAGAACACCGUCGCCAUCUCGGGUAACAAGCGCUUCGUCUCGAUCAUCGAGAUCAUCUUCACCAUCAGAAGAUUCUUCAUCGCCAGCCUCGCAUCAUUCAUCGAACAUUGUGAAUCCAGAUAUAUAUUUCGAAAAGAACAAUGUUGGAGAAUGUACAAUGACGAUUUCGAAAAAGAUUUUCGCAGGAGACAUCAAAAUUGUUAUAGAGGCCGAUUCGAUAAAGGCCAUUGGCAAAUUGAGAGAUAAUCUUACGAUUGUGUCGAUUGAUUCAGAUGAUUGUUGUGGAUUUGAAACAGCGGAUUCGCAAACAGUGAGCAUGGAAAGAAUCAUCAGAAGGAGAUUGGAAAGAGCAUAUGUGGAUUACCGAGGCGUUCGAAUUCCGGUCCAAGCUUUCAAUGCACUUAUGGCGCAAGACGCGUUGGCUGCUUUUUCGGAUAAUGAUGAGGACGACGAUGAUGAUCAAUUCGUCACAGCUCCAAGUACACCAUCUCGACCAAUUCGUCGACCAAGAAAAAGAAGUGCUGCUCAUCUUGUUGCUCCAAUAACACCACCACCGCCACCAAAAAGAUCCAAGCCGGCACCGAAAUCUACACGCAAAGCUCGUCAACCGACCGUCGCCCGACCAGCACGGUCGGCUCGAAUUGCAGCCAUGAAAAAUGUUGCGCCAGCUCCAACUCCUAUUGCUCCGGCAACUCCGCCACCAAGAUUGGCUGCGAGAUUGGCUGCUCGAAUGGCUGCGCAGCAAAAUACGAAUCCAGUCGCUUCAACAAAUCCACCAACACCACCAGCAAAUCAUUCAAAUGGAUUGAAACGACCAGCCGGUGCACUUUCCUCCCAACCUCCACCGAAAAUGACCAAAUCGGACAAAGAAAAGGAAAUGCAAACGAUUGCUGAUGUUCAUCAAGCAUUGAAACAUAUUGAGAAUGGGGUGAACAGUGAAAGUUAUGGAUUUCACACGUUGGAGAUUUUAACAAGACAGCGGCCUUUGGUUCGAAAUAUGUUGUCGUAUUUUGAAAAUCCGACACCGCAAAAACUCGCGAAGUUGAUCACCAAAACCACGAAAUUGAGCAAAGAUGCUGAGAAGCUUUCGCAAUAAGGUUGGUUUUUCAUCGAAUCUGCAAAUAAAUACUGUUAUUUUUUCAGAAUCCUGUCAAAUUAUUUUUUUUCUUCAAUUUUUUCCCCGGUUAUUUUGGUCUUUGUAUUCCCUCCCAAUUCUCACUUGCCUUAUCGAUUCAACAAUUGCUGGCAACAAUUGCUUUGAAUCGAUAUGAUCCCUUGGACUUGCCAUUCACCUUCUUAGCGCCAUCAAAUCAUCAUUGUCGUGAAUUUCCAAGUGAGUUUGAAAUUAAAAACAACUUUUUUUUUGAAAAUGAAAAAAAAGUGUGCCAACACGCUGACGCGCAAAUGCACACAUUUUUUUUUUUAAAAACACGUGUUUACACGUGUUAACACAAAAUGGAUGACUUUUGAACAAUGGCUUCAUUAUUACAGAAUUUGCGAUGAUUUGAUGGCACUACGGGCGUACCUCCGUUAACGACGCGUUGGGUGUUUGGAAGCCACCCUUCGAAAAAUAGACAAAAUAUGCUUCCACCCACACCAAUUGUCAAAAUGUCUGUCUGCCCAUACACUAAUCGCUUCAACGCAAUUCUCAACGACUACUUCAAUGGUUUCCAACAUCGUUCUUUGGCCAACACAACCAACUUCAACUUUGCCAACGAAUUCGGAGACAUUGAAAACAACGAGAGUCAAAUUGCUGUUGAUUUGGACGAUUGA